AAUUGUGAGGUUACGCCCCGCACGCCUGCCGCUCUCGGUGUCGCGUUCUACGUGUCGGUAGUUUUCCGAAUCCUGACUUCUUCCCCCCCAACGCGGCCUACCUGGAGAACAAACCAAACACAAUUUUCCAAUAAGAAACCGUACGUACGUGCCGGCUGCGCCGUUGCGAUCCAUCCAUCUAUUCCUGUGCUGUGAUCGAUGGCUCCUCCCGCGCCGCCGGCGAGCGGCGCGCAGCACCAGUUCCCCGACACGGCGCUGCCCUACGCCGACGACGUCAAGUGGCUCGUCCCCGACCACCUCGCCACGCUCGCCGAGGCCUUCCCCUCGCUCCGCCCCAGGACCGCCCUCUUCACCCACGACGACGGCCGCGCCGCGCGCCUGCUCCAGGCCGCCGGCACCAUCCCGAUCGCCCACGCGGGGGGCUCCUAUGACCUCCCCGCCGUCGUCUGGCUACCGGAGCGCUACCCGCGGUGCCCGCCCCUCGUCUUCCUCUCGCCGGCCCGCGGCACGGUCCUCAGAACCGACCACCCCCUCGUCGACCGUUCGGGCCUCGUCGCCGCCGCCGACGCCCCGUAUCUCCGCUCCUGGGCGUUCCCGUCUUCCAACCUGCGGGACCUCGUCCGGUCCCUCUCCCACGCCUUCGGCAUCGACCCGCCCCUCCUCCCCGCCGAGGUCGCCUACAGGCGCGACGCCCUCGCCGCCAUGGCCUGCGCCGACGUGGCCGCCCUGCACGCCGCGAGCGAGGCCGAGGUCGAAGCGCUGUUCGCCGUGCAGGCCGAGCUGCGCGGGCGGGGCAAGGCGGCGGACGGCCUGGUGCGCCGGGCCGGGGAGGAGGUGGACGCGCUGGAGCGCCGGCUGCAGGACGUGACGGUGGCCGCGUACGCCCUGGAGGCCUGGGUCGCGGCGAACCGGACGACGGUGGCCGCGCACGGCGACGCGCAGGCGGGGGCGGCAGUUCAGCCCGCGGACGCGCUCUCGGUGCAGCGGCUCGAGUGCGCGGCCAUGGAUCUGGCGCUGGAGGACACCAUGUACGCGCUGGACGAGGCGGUGCAGCACGGGACCGUGCCGUUCAGCGGCUACCUCCGGAGCGUGCGCGCGCUGGCGCGGGAGCAGUUCUUCGAGCGUGCUCUCUGGACCAAACUUUGCUAGGUAGGAAGGUUUUUUUCUUCCAUGGAAUGGAAGCAAACCUUCAGUCUUAAUUAUCUUCAGAUACAGAAAAUUUCAGAGACCUGAUUCUGCCGAUGUACUAUGUGGUUCCACGUGCGUUUGCUAGUUGUAUAUACUGCACCUAUGAUGCAAACAUUUUCUACUCUUAGAACAGACAUACUGAAAAAAUAA